GAAAAUUAUAGCCGCGCUCCAGAGGAUCAAGAAUAUAAGACAACCCUUUAGCUGAUAUUUUUGUUCCCAAGAAACUUCUACAAUUUACAAAAACGCCAUUCACCACAUACAAUCCACCCGACGCAUCAUGACUGGAACCGUCAACGCAAAUCGAAAUAUGUUUUGUCCCCAAAUUCCUUCUAAAAACAUCUCCUUGGCUUUCCCCGGUAUUACGGAAGACGCAAGAGACACUGUUGCUGAUUUGCUAUUGAAGAAUCAUGUUGAAUAUCAUUGCUUUUUUAAUGACAAAAAAUUCCACAAUCACUUGUCUCACGGUGUUCUCGCUGCAUAUUCACUGGGAGCCAAGCCUGACAGGAUUAAAGCCAUUUAUAGGGACCAUGCAAAUUAUCAGAGACCCGUCGGUUCCGUGUUAACCACUUUUACAGAGUCCGAUUGGAAAUCCCAGCUUGGCAAUGCUGAAUAUUAUGCUUCCUAUUUGGAGUUCUUCCACAAAGAAGUGCAAAAACUCGGCCGAAACGAAGCCUUCAUCAAGUAUGCUUUGGAUCCCGAUAUGAUUGGCCGUUCCUUCUCUGGAGCCUUCCACCCUCUCAUUCAUAUGGGAUACGGUUUUGAUUUUGAGGUGGAUGGCAUAUUGGUAGAAGGGCUGGCUAUGGCUGCCCUAUCGUCCACCUUGAUGGGCAACGUCAUCGUACGGCCCACCAGCUCCAUUGAGAAAGUCGCCUCUAAAGUCGCUACUCAGCUCUCCCUGACUAAGAGCAGCAGUGAACCCAAAACCAUUGUGGAUAUGUUAACAAGCAUCCGAGAAGACCGUAAUCUGGACGACGUAUGCCCAUUUUCACAGCCAGACAAGACCGCACAUGGUGCCAAAAAUGAAAAGGCGAUUAACAAGAUCCAACAAUGCCUAGCAGCGUGGGACGUGGAUGAAACAAAGGAAGAUGUUGCAGCCAAGUCUAUUGAAUUGUACAAAGCAUGUAUACUGGCUCUUGGUGCCAGUGGAUUGAAGUUUGGUCAAGCCAAACAAGAUUUCUUUUUGAUGCAUGCUGUAACAUCUGUACUAUUUACUCAUAAGAUCGCCAACAGCCUGCCACCCAGCUAUGCUGUAUCGGUGAUGAAAUCCCAUCUUGGUGUUGUUCUGAUGUAUUACAUCUCACACGGACGUGCUAAAAUAGACAUUGACGCUCUGCUCAAUUACAAAGGAAAGCAAGAGCUCAAUGCCACCAAUCCAUGGCUGUCUCUCAUCCAGCGAGCCAUCGAUAUCGAUGAAGUCCAUGUUACCAAAGUUGUUCGUGCCUGUGCAUUUGGAGACCUUCUGUUUGGAGCCGAGGGCUCCUUCGAUCAGAUAUGCGCCAAGACAGCUGAGGUGGCACUUGACUUGAACGGUGAUUGGAAUUUCGAAGGUGUCGGCUAUGAUGAGAUUUACAAAAAGUGAUCAAACAAACCAGUGUCGUACCGCUGCACUUCUCUCGAUAGUCAAGUACGAUAGCUCUCGUAUUCCAUCCGUACGAUUUAUACCUUAACAUCCAUUGUGACCGAAAAGCGAUAGUCUAUUGCAAGUUAUAGCUAUGAGCAUUAUUUUUAACUGUAU